CGGGUCUGUAAACUUCGAAUACGCGUUAAAUUGCGUGCAAGCAUAGUCGAACGACCUCUACAGCAGCCGCCUUAAAGAAACGUUUCCUGCGAGACACUACCCUGCAAUUGAUCACAUAAGAACAAUCUGAAAACCUGAACAUAAGAAAGCAGCCAUGGUGUGCAUUCGGCCAGCCACUAUCGAUGACCUGAUGCAGAUGCAGCGAUGCAACCUGCUCUGUCUACCAGAGAACUAUCAACUUAAGUACUACUUGUACCACAUCCUGUCGUGGCCCCAGCUGCUACACGUUGCUGAGGACUAUGACGGCAAGAUUGUGGGCUACGUGCUUGCUAAGAUGGAGGAGGACGCCGCGGAGCCGCACGGGCACAUCACCAGUGUGGCGGUGGCGCGCACGCACCGCAAGCUGGGCCUGGCAACCAAGCUCAUGAGCGCCACACACAAGGCCAUGGAGGAGGUGUUUAGCGCCAAGUACGUGUCCCUGCACGUGCGUGUGACCAACAAGGUCGCCGUACACCUCUACACGCAAACACUCGGAUACCAGAUCCACGACAUCGAGAGCAAGUACUACGCGGACGGUGAGAACGCGUACGAGAUGCGAAAGUACUUUGCUGCUCCGCCCGCGGCAUUAGCGAAGAAGGCGGCGGCGUUGACGGCGGCUGUGACGGGCGUCAGCGUGAGCACGGGAGCCGCAGCGGCGGUGGCUGCUAGCAGUUGAGGGGUUUAGGGGUAUGGGGGUAUAGCGGGGCGUGUGUGUUUUAAAACUGGGCGUGUGUGUGAGAGAGCAUGAGAGGGCGUGUGGUAGGGGGUGGUGCUGAGCAUUGGUGCUGGUGAGGAUGAUGAUGAGGGGGUCUUGGGCGUCCUGCACUGGAGGAGGGUGGUGCUUCUUGAGGGGACUUGGUGUCGUGUUUGGUAAAGGGUGGAGGUACAGAAUUGCUGUAGUAGGAUGCUUUAGAGGGUGUGCAGCGUGUAGAGUGGGUUCGUAUGAUUUGUUUUGCAGGGGGAGAUGACCCGGCUUUUAGGGGUUAGAGGACAUUUAGG